AACGCAUGCGCGAUAUGACCUGAAUUUUAACAAAACCGAAAAUAAUAAUUUUAUCACCUUCGUGCGAUAUUUCAAGCUUAAUUUAUUUUCCUGACUCUCAUCAACUCUAUCUAAACAUACCAUGUUUCAUCUACUAGAGUUUCAGGAAGGAGUGGCAGUAGUUCCAGAUUGUUGGGUGUUAAAGGAAUCCUUUAGUUGCUAUUGGCCUCAGGGAAUAGGUGCCACACAAUGGGCAAAAAUAGGAAAAGCACCUAUAUUAAAUCAUAAAGACUGGCCUAUCUAUCCAUAUUUGCGGAUAUUAAAAAGUGGAAAUUAUGAAAAGAUGAAAAGGGCAGAAGUCAAGUCCUUGGACAACACUGACAUUUCUUCAAGUUGCUCUGAACAGGUAUAUGAGUCAGAAAAGAGGAAAAGGAAGCAGAAACAGCAAUGGGAUACUGAAUUUAAAUCUGAAAUGCAAUCCAAAAAAUUGGUAAAGAGAAGUUGUCAGUGUUUGAGCUCAAGCUCAGAGGAAGAACUGCAAUCGUCACAAACUGUGAUGCACAAAUCACUUCCUGCACCACCAUCUCCAUUUUUAGUUGUACCUACACCAUCUCCAUGUCAUGUUGUAUCUACUGCAUCUCCACGCCAUUUUUUACCUACAGCAUCUCCACGCCUAAUUGUACCUGUACCAUCUCAUCAAAUGUUUAGUCAAUCAUCAGCACAUUCUGCUUCCACAACACUUCCUGAUAUAGUAAAGCAAGCCGUGGCUGAGGCUGUACGACCAUUUUUCCAAAGUGUGUUUAAGCAACUAGAGGAGCUAAAAGCUGAAAUUAAAGAGCAGGGGCAGAAACAUACCCAAAUUGGACAAACCACAACUGCAACUCUUCCAGAAACCCUGACCUUUCCACUCCAAGAGAUAAAUGAUCUUCUGGAAUUCAACCGAAUUCUUAUGGAAGAUUCUGAGCAGAGAUCAAGAACAAUAAACUAUUUGGCUCGCAUUGGUGGGAGUAGCCUGGAAGAUUGUCUGAGGAAAAUAGCUAAAAGAAUUUUGACAGCACAACUGUCGAUGCAAUACAAUUUUACAGGAAGAAAAGGAAAGCUAGAGUUUAGUGGCCUAGUUGGAGUAAAAGAUGUUAUAUAUGGUAAGUUGGAGUAAAAGAUGUUAUAUAUGAUGCAGUAAGAAAAAAUUAUCCCCAAGCGACGAUUAGUCAAUUGGACAAGAUCCUCUCAAAAUGGUUGUCGGGUUCAAUUGAUAGGGAUGGCCUCAAAAAAAUUCGCGAGGAUAAGCGUAAAAGUUUAGAAAAUCCUGGAAAAGACAUUUAAUUUUUUCUUUUUUAUAAUAAGUAAUUAAAACAAAUUUAAUGAAGUGGUUUUUUGAA